AUUGUUGAUAAGAAGGAUUAUAGAAUUAUGCCCCCUCCUGUUCAAAAGUUUUCGUUCUUACUUGUUAAGGCCAGUUCUUUUUUAAAUUGAGAAGGAUUACGUUUUGAUCUGUAUUAUACGCGGUCAUUUAGCCCGGAAUUUUAUCGUCACACAACUUCCAAGGACUUCUCGCUUCAACUUUUGCCACUGAAGGACGUUCACUUUUGUUUCAACAUUAAAAAAUAUAUAUUGCGAUCAUAUAAAAAUGGAACCAUGGAUGAAGAUAUCUCUAAUUCUAAGUGUUUAUGGAGUCAUCAAGGAAUUUCGACCCUCAGAGCCAUUUGUGACAAAGUAUUUAAACAACCCUCCUAUGAACUUUACUAUCGACCAGAUUAAUGUAGAUAUAUACCCAGUGUCCAUUUAUUCAAGUAUGAUACUUCUUGUCGUGAUGUUUUUAAUAACUGACAUGCUACGGUACAAGCCGAUUAUUAUAAUAAAUAGCCUGGCGAGUGUAACGGUUUAUAUCAUGUUGAUUGUUUGCAGAUCUCUAUUUGAAGUUCAGGUACUGGAAGUUUUUUAUGGUUUUAUUAUUGCAUGUGAUGUAGCGUACUACACAUACAUUUAUGCCACAGUUAGCGUAAGCCAUUAUCAAGAAGUAUCAGGCUACACAAGAGCGGCUUACCUUGUUGGCAGGUGUAUUUCUGGUAUUACAUCACAAAUUCUAGUUUUCAUCGGAUUUUCUUAUUAUUUUUUAAACAUAUUCACACUUGGAGGCAUGUGCUUAUCGUUGAUAUGGGCACUGAUACUACCGCCAGUACCAAGAUCUAUUUAUUUUCAUAGGGAACGUGAUAAUGGAAAAAGUGACAAUGGCGAUGAUACUAAUGUGUUGGAACAAACAGAGGUAGAUUGUGUAACAUUUUUAAAACGAGGACUUUCACGAUUAUGGAAGGAUUUUAUUAGUGCAUACUCAAAUCUUUAUGUUGUGAAAUGGGCAUUUUGGUGGGCUGUAGGGACAUGUGCAUAUUAUCAGAUACUUACUUACAUACAACCACUUUGGGAGCAGGUAAUAUUAGAGAAUCAUAUCACGGGGUACUUGACUCAGCUUAACGGCAUCGUUGAAGCUAUUUACACCAUUCUCAGUGCUGUGGUAGCUUUCUACUGUGGUAAACUCAAAAUCAAUUGGUCCCGAUACGGGGAAGUGCUCCUCACAGUAUGUUCGUUUAUAUUUGCUGGGAUAUUGUUUGCGUUAUCAGAGCUCGACAACAUUUGGCUGUCUCAUGCGGCUUACGUUCUUUAUACUAUUCUAUUUAAUGGCAUGAUAACAAUAGCAGCUUCUGAGGUAGCAAAGUGCAUCAACUUGGACAGCCACGGAUUGGUUUUUGGCAUUAAUAUGUUUGUUGCACUUGUAAUGCAAAGCUUACUUACAUACUUCAUUGUGGACUACCUAAAUUUAGACCCAAGGCAACAAUUUGUCAGUUAUGGAAUCUACUAUUGCGUUGCAGGAAUCAUAUUUGGUACUACAAGUUUGUACAGCCUUUGUAAGAAAAGUUCAUCUAAUCAUGCGUUCCAUCCUGGAGACAUUCCACAAAAUUUGAAAUCAGUAUUGGAGUGAAAUGUGCCAUUGUACAAUAUUAAUAUUGACUACACGAGUCAUUUUACUAAUGAUUUCUAGUCACCCCCAAGUUAGGUUAAAGUUUAUUUAUAAAUGAUCUUAAAUCCAUUUGUUCAUGAAUAAAUGUGUAGUAUAAGUUAAAACUAUUGUGUUCAAAAUUUAUGUCUGUUGUAUAAGCGACCUAGAAAGUUAUGAUUAAUUAAAAACAACUAAUUUAUUGUAAAAUUAGUUUGACAGACCAUUGUGGUAUGGAUAGAUAAAGCAAUACAAGCAGUAACAUCCAAAGUUAGUAAAUUUUAUUGUCUCUGAUUACUUUAAAAAUCCAUAACAGUUUAACAAAAAAUAUCAUUCUUGAUAUUUCUGUACUCUUGAGUUGCAGGAAUUCUUUUGAUAGAUGCACAUAUUUUAAUAGUUUAAUAAGAAUAUUGUAUUACAUUUAUUGCUGCCACAUGCACAUUUUUUUUCAAUUAGAAAGAAAAGUACUUAUAGUGGAUUUAACUUAAUGUGUAUUAAUCUGUUAGCUCUUGAAAUAUUCUACAAAAUGUUGUAGAUUAUAUUUGUUCAAUCCUUAUUUUACUUCACUUGCAUUUUAAAAAACAAUCAUUGCCAUGUUUUAGUACUUAACAUCUAACACGUAGGAUUAAAAAAAUAUUCAAAUUAUAAGUUUCUUUAUAAAAAAACGAUAAUUAUUAAAGAAUUGGUUUUCUUUGUA